AUUGCUGGUAGAUACGGCCUGUGCAAUUGGUCCUGUAAUUUCAAGGGCCAAAAUACCGGUCACCUAACUGUCUAACCGUUACUAACGGCUACUUUCUCUCCUUCUAGGACCUCUCUCUCACGAUCACUGAUUCUUGUGUACACAUGGCGCUCCGUAAACCCUUGAGUCGUUGUAAUUCUCUGGAAUCGGUUUGGGGCUACCGAUCUCCGUUUUCAUUUUCUCCUACUUUUCCAUUUCUAGGGUUUCGUGGCUUUUGCCGAUCGUACGAUGGGUUCAUCAAUAUAAGACUUUUUGAAAGACGGUGAACCGGAUGAAGGAAGAAGAGAAAAUUGAAAGGACCAUUCGCGGUCUUUUGAAACUUCCAGAGAAUCGAAGAUGUAUCAAUUGCAAUAGCCUGGGACCACAAUAUGUCUGCACAACUUUCAAUACAUUUGUUUGCACAAACUGUGGUGGGAUACAUCGGGAAUUCACUCAUCGAGUCAAGUCAGUGUCAAUGGCUAAAUUUAAUGCAGAAGAAGUCAGUGCUCUUCAAGCUGGGGGAAAUGAGCGAGCACGGCAAAUUUAUUUCAAGGAAUGGAAUUCUCAGCGUAAUUCUUAUCCUGAUGGAAGUAAUCUUUAUAGACUUCGGGACUUUAUCAAGCAUGUAUAUGUAGAUAGAAAGUACACUGGGGAGAGGAUUGCUGAAGAUUUACACGAGAGGAGUACUGAAAAGCUUGCAAGGCUGAGACUGCGUGACAAAGAGGGUUGUAAUGAAAGUAGAAAGGUAAAUGCGUAUGGAAGUCCAAGUUAUGAGGAUAGAUGUGAAUUGAAUGGAAGGUCUGGUACUGCUAGAAGAAGUGAGGACAGAAGUUUUAGAUAUUAUUACGAUGAAAGAAGAAGCCCUCGAUAUGCCCCGGGUAGUUCAAGAAAUGGAGGUUUUAAGAGAAGUCCUGCACGGUUUGAGAUUGUUGAUGACAGGUUUAGAGAUGAUGGAUUUGGAAGAAGAAGACAAUCUGACAGCCGAAGAUUUUCAAAUAGUGAAUCUAGGGUUGGGAACAAGUCACCUGAACGUCAGAAUAGCGUGGAUCAGUUCACUUCUUCGGUGGUACGUCCUGCGAAAGACAUUUUGGGAGAGAACGGUCAACCUAUUCGUGCAGGAGAAAGUUCUAAAGAAAAUAACAGGAAUGGUACUGAGGAUCGUAUUCAAAAUCAGAAUACUGCAUCUUAUGGUAAACCUGGAUCUGUUGAUGGGAAUCACCAGGAAAUUAAAGCCCAGAAUUCCGAAAGCUUGAUCGAUUUUAAUUCUGAACCUGAGCCCUCAAAUGCUGCAGCAGCACAAAUACAGCAGGGACAUUCAGCCAAUGUCUCUGGCAAUUCAUCUUCAUCUGAAUUCUCUGCGCCAGAGAAGGCUCGUCAGGCCCCAAUUACAAAUACUUUGGAAUCCUUACUGUUUGAAUUAUCAGUUCCCUCAUUUCCGCCUGUUGGUAACGCUCCUGAAAUACCAAGUAGCAAUAAUGCUCCAUCAACUGCAUCGAAAUGCUACGUCCCUGAAGGCAAUGUUUCAGCAGCUGCACCAGCGGAGCAGAUGCCAAGAUCGUUCCUUAGUAGUGGUGCUUCAAGAACUCCUUCAACUACCAAUGAGGCAACACAACCUCCACUGUCUGCACUUGAAGGGCACAUAUCUGAUUCAACCUUAUUUGAUAACUUUACUGAUUCAAGAACUGCCAUAUCUACCAACUUGUCUGUGCAACCUUCAAAUGACGUUCCUUUACAAGCUGAACAUGAUUUUACCAGUGACUCGACUGUCAAAGUUCCUGAUGCACAACAGAUAUCCAGCGUGCAGCAAAAUCAACCUUCUGCAUCUCCUCUUGCCAAUAGUAACUCUGCUGUACAAGAGACAGCCAGGCCAAUGGAAUCUAUAAAUAACCAGCCAUAUACGCCAUCAGAUGUAGCUAAGGCUCAAUUAGACUCUGAUCCAUCUGCUGAACUAUCAUUUCCUGGGAUUUCUGUGCUGACCCAAGAAACCGGUUCUGGAGUUGAAUCCAAGACCACCAUUCAAGCAGAAGCAAAGUCUACCGGAAGAAAGGAACUUCCAGCGGAUCUUUUUACUGCUACCUAUUCAGCCGCCCCUGCUUCAUUUCAAGGCUGGCAAACUUACCAACCUCAUGUAGGAGGAUACAAUAUGCAACACUAUCCUAACUCAAUGCAUAUGCCAGCCUAUCCCAACGCGGCAAAGUCAGCAAACCCAUUUGAUCUUAACAGUGAAGUAGCUGGAGUGCAGUCCCCACCAUUUCCUUCCAUAGUGCCUCUGCAAGGAGCAGACGCUGAUGUUUCAGUUCCAACAGGCUUAGGGCCUAAUGCCCAUCUAUCAGGGAUGAUUCCUCAGUCACAUUCUUAUGCAUCUGCAGUGCCUCCAGGCGCAUAUAUGGGGCAACAAUCUCACCAUUAUACCACACCUUCCAGACCACAAGGAGUUGGUGGUGGAGCAGCUUUUGGCUCCUUUGACAUGGCUCAGCAAUUGACAGGCAGAUACUCAAAUUGCAGCCCCGAUUCUUUUACUUCACCUGGAGGAAACCCAUUUGGUUAAAGAAGCAAAAUUUUAUCCAUUCCAUGAAGAUCAUAUUAUUUCUCAGCACUUGAAGUUUUCAUGAAAUCCUGGCUUCGUUUUGGCGGAUGAUGAUAUGAAACGAGUAGUCUGGUUGACUGGUGUUUCUACAGCAGUAGUUGGAAUCAUCAGAUUUGCCGAUCACUCCUGGUGAAGGGGAUCAAAACAUUGACCAUUCUGGACCAAGGUUUCACAGUCAUGGUAUGUGUGUAUGAUAACUUCUUCAAUCUGAGUACCAGAAUGCUUCCAUCGUCGAGUAUUAGCUUCUCAACUUUGUUCAUCAGUGAACAAGAUUGUGCAAGGUACAUAAACAACCUCUCUGUACUUCUUACAACCUGGAUUAUUGUAUUUGUAUCCUAUUAUUAACAGACAAAAAACAGACAUAAAAAUCGUUACUGCUUGUAAUGUAGUUAAAGAUUGUUGAUAAUUUCUUCUUUUUUUUUUCAUGGAA